CAUGCCAAUGCCAACAUACAUAAUGACUAUAAAAACCUGUUUUCGAAUUGUCUUUGGCAAAGCCUUCACAGCUGCACAGUUUUCUUCAUCAAAAUGCGAUUUUCAGCUGUCCUGUUCCUCGUUUCCGUCUCCGUAGUCUUGGCCGGGAGUUUUCCCAUGAAGAGCUUGGUGUUCCCCUUGCAGACAGACACCAGUUAUGUAGAGAUGGUCCCUCAGAGGCCCCUGAACCUGAGGGCCUUCACUCUGUGCAUGCAACUGGCCACAGAGCUCACCGGUGAGCGUGAGAUCAUCCUGUUUGCGUACAGGACUGGCAACUAUGACGAGCUGAAUGUGUGGCGAGAGCUGGACGGCAGAUUGUCCUUCUACCUAGCGGGAGACGGUGUUCAGUUCCGAGUCCCUGAGCUUAGCGCAAUGAGGACCCACCUAUGUGUCACCUGGGAUUCCAGUUCAGGUGCGGCGGCCAUCUUCAUGGACGGAAAGAAAAGCUUGACCAAAAUUUACAAGCAGGGUCACACAGUUAGCCCCGGAGGCAAGGUUAUCAUCGGACAAGACCCGGAUAGUUAUGUGACUGAUUUUGAAGCCAAGCAGAGUUUUGUUGGUGAGAUUAGUGAUGUUAAUAUGUGGGACACUGUCCUUCCAGACAGCACCAUCCAAGACAUGUUCUCUGGAAAGAGAGUACAGAAAGGAAACAUUUUUGACUGGGAAACUACAGACCUUAAAACUCAUGGAGAGGUAGUGGUAGUUAAUGGUGAGGUCUAGCUAUCAUGCUCAGACUAUUAACCUAAUUAGUCAGAAAUGUCAAAAGCUCCUUCAGUUGAUUUCAAUUUGUGCCAAUUACUUUUCCAGCCUUUUGUGGCCCCUGUCCCAACUUUUUGGAGAUGUGUUGCCAUAAAAGUAAUAAUGAACAAAUAUUAUCCAUGAAAUGGUAAAUAUCUCAGUUUGAUAUGUUGUUUACGUUCUAUAUGGAAUAAAAAUGUGGGUUUGUAAGAUUUGCAAA